AUAAAUUAUGAACGGUCCCUUAUUUACCUGAUUCGAUUUUGAUCGCAAUUAAUAAAUUUCAUAAAUACAAAAUAUCACAAAAAUGAAUAUACUUUAAGAAUUCUGUUUAUGAAAUAUAUAAUUCACUUCGCGAUACCAAUAAAUUUGUUCUCGCUGAAAUCGUCCACUGGAGUGGAGAAACUGAUCAAACGCUGAAGGGCGUUCGCACUACCCACGGGGGUAAGCUGGGCCCCGUCUCGCAUAUCGCAAUAUAUGGUGCGCGCAAAGGGAGCCGGGAACCAGCUUAGUGUGAGUCCACCUGGUGAAAGUUCUCAUAAAGGGACGUUAUCAGGGUUCAGGCUUCAAAGAAGAGCUGUCAUCAAGACCUUCAUCAAUUUCAACGGAUGGACACAGAUUGCCAGACUGCUGUUGUCAUUUGCGAUUUCGUCUUCACCCGAGUACAUCCAAAACAAAAGGCCAGAAUACACAACUAGCCAUGUCUCAGUAUGAUGUGGACAAGUUUGACCCACCACCAGAUGCUGAGCUUGUGUGCUGUAUCUGCACCUUCGUCCUAGAUGAGCCAAUGGAGACACCGUGUCAACAUGUUUUCUGUAGACAUUGUAUUGAGACAUGGCUCGGUCAUCGCCGCACUUGUCCAUCAUGUCGGAAGAAAGUUACCCGAAGGGAUCUCAAGUCUGUUCUCCCACUUGUUCAGAACAUUCUGAACAAACUGACCAUGAUUUGUGAUUUCCGUGAAAAUGGUUGCCCAAUGAAACCAGCACUGGAGCACUACCGUUCCCAUAUUGCCAGUUGUGGCUUUGAGUUGGUAACAUGCAAGUAUGUAGAAUGCAAAGAACAGGUUCUCCGCCAGGACUUAGAGUUGCAUGAGACAAUUCUGUGUGAAUUCCGAGAGGUCCUUUGUCAACAGCAGUGUGGAUUACACAUUCCCAUCAAGGAUGUAGACAGCCAUGACUGUAUGCUAGCCUUGAAGAAACAUGCUGAAGAGCGACAGAAGCAUGCUGAGGAACUGGAGGCCCGCCUUCAGCAGCUGAUGUGCCUACAGGAGAGUCUUAGGAAGGAUGUGGAGAGCCUGCGGAAACAGGUGGACCAGGAGCGGCGGCGUCGUCCUUCUCAUCCUGAUGAUUGGUUCUCCAGUUGGGACUCUUGGGAUGAUGAUGACCAGAACACACAUGGAUCCUCAGAGUCAGACUCGGAUGAUGUGGCAGUAGAAAGUCUUUUCUUUAAUUCCUCUGAUGAUAAUGGCUCUCCUGGCCAUGCAUCCAGAGGAGUCAUGUCUGAUAGUGACAGUGAUGUAGAGAUGCUGAGAAAUACCAGGAGCUGGAGACGAGUCCGACCUCUGUCAACAUCUUCAAUCAAUUCUGAAACACCAGAGAUUAUUGAGGCAGGUUUUAACAGCUCAGAUACUGUGGAAGCCUCAAUAAGUAUUGAAGAAAACACCGGUGCUAAUGAAGUGAUAGAAUUAGCUGAUGGGGCUGAGGCUGCUGUAGUGAGUGAAGGCAUAACAGAGAGCAGCAUGUCUAAUGGGCUUGUUGCAGGGGCAAGCAGUCAGAUGUUCACUGCAGGUGAUCUUGUUACAAAUAUCAUUACUGAAUACCAGUCAUUGGGGUCCGCCAUCCAGCAGUCAUUUCACCAGAGCACUGAUAACCAUCCUCAAAGAAACAUAGUUGAGGAAACCAAUGACUUGGAUAGCCCACUAGUUAUUGAUAGACACAGGAAUUUGUCAAAUGAACUGAACAUCCAGCCUGGUGUACAUCAAGCCUUUGACACGAGUGUGUCCACCACAUCUGUUCUUUCAGGAUUUUCUGCUGAUGUUGCAGGCCUUUCUCCAGCUUCAUGUAACUUGCUGACUGGUUUCAGUGCAAUCAAUAGACCUGAUCGGAACCCUGAAGCUACAGCACACAUGUCACACUUACAGGUGUCCAACCCACUGGACAGUGGUCAAACAGUCACAACUGAAGAUUCAUGUGAAGCCAGCAGAUUAAAAUCUGCUAUUCUGCCUCUGGCUUCAGAUAUCACAUCCACGGAUGCAGUGUACAGUGUCACUUGUUCACCAUAUCUACCAGAGCAAGUGGAAGAUUCGAGAAAGUUCAAUGACAGUGUAAAGGCAGCGUUCAUGCAUGACUGGCAGUCAACAUGUAGAGAUCCAAACUCCAAUUUUCCUGAUGAGUGGAAGUCAUCCCUGGAGCACUGCAAAAUGUUACCAUCAACAUUGAGAGAACAAGAGCAUGUAGUAUCCCCAACACCUGGUGUGGACAUCACAGGAACACAUUGUGAAUCUGUAGUUGAUCCUGUGAUGAUUCGUGACACAGUGUGUCCGCUUGCUCCAACUGAUGACUCCUGUAUGUGGAUCUCAUCAGCAGAGGAUGUGGAGUAUGCAGAGGACACAAUGGGCAGUGAUGCUUUCAGCAAUAAGAAGAUCAGGACCAGUAGCAUCUCAGAAACUGUCACCAGUGAUGCUAUCACCAGUAAAAACAGUUUUCAUUUGAAUGACCUUGAUGUCACGGGGAAAAGUAAAGCUGAAAUUUCAGAAUUUACUAAUUCAAAACCUGUCGAUGUUAUUCCGAAUAUAUUUUCUCAAUGCAACCAAGAAUUAACUUCAUGUCAGUCCAAACCUUGUUGUGAAAGGCUUGACAAAUGCAAAAAACAUCAUAACCAUUCAGAAUUUAGUGAGCCAUGUGUGAAGAGCAGAAAGAAGUCAGAGCUUGGAACUGUGGAAUCUCAUGAUCAGAGCUAUUCCCCUACUGUGAAUGUUAAAAUAAAUCUAUCGUUACUAGAUCUUAGAAAAAUUCCAAAGCCUGGGGAAAAAAAUAAUUCAUCUGGAGUCUCCUUCAGGCAUUCAAAACGUGAGAGUGCAACAGAGUUUAAUGCAAAACAUGUGAGGUCUCGACCACUUUCCUGUACUUCAACAAGUGAAGAGAUGAAGUCUGCAGGAUUUCCAUCAACACAAGGUAGUGUCUCCUUGUUGAGGCCUCUGCUAAAGGACCCAAGUAAAACUGAAUCAAUGACUUCAAAUCAACCAUCUGGAACUGACUCUGAUAUAUCGAGGUCUGUACAACCAGCAGUGUCCUCCAUAUCAGCUGCUCGGAAACGUAAACAUGCAUCCGAGACCCCUGGACAUCCUGAGGAGGAUGUGGAGAUCCCUCCCACUACUACCCAGCUCCUGGCACAGUACAACGACGAUAGUGACUCGUCUUGGGAGCCAGGCAACUCUGAUGUCGAGUUCUCUGAUGAUAUGAGGCUGACAGAUGACACAGGCAGUGAGAGUAGCUAUGAGGUUCGUGUUCCCAAACCCUUGUCUCAGCUUAUUGAUGAGUUGGCUGAUGAAGAUGAAGAUACUGAUGACAGUUGGACACCCUCUUAACUGGGAGUCACAGGCAGAUCUGGAAGCACUGCACACAUCAGUGUGGUUCUUCAAUUUCAAAAGUCUUUUAGUAACACAUCUUCUUUAAUAUUCUUUUCUGUUACCAUUUUAGUGUUACCAUAUUUUUCCUUAUCCUGAGUCAUGCUUAAUUGCUUGUCUCCUUCUUGCGAAUGAUAGUGGAACACUUGA